AUGGCGGAGCUGCCGAUCCAGAUCUCCCGGCUGCCCCUGUCGCUGCUGACGCCUCGCAAGCCCUCGCUGCACUGCUGCCUCGUCUUCCGCAACUUCUACGUGGCCUGGCUGCGGAUCGUGCAGGUCAACACCGAUGGCUCGAGCACGGAGCUGGCCAUGGCCUACCCGCUCAUGCAGCAUGUGCACUGCGAAGACGAUGCGCAGACCUGGCAGAUCAUCAAGCUGGACCAGCUGCCCGUGAGCUGGAAUCCACACGUCUUCGACAGCCUCUGCGUGUAUCUGUCGCAGCCGUCGCCGCUGUGGGAGGCCUGGGAGCUGCGCAAUGUCAAGUUGUACGUACUGCCUGAGGAACCGGACGAGGACCGCCUCACGCAGCUGCUAGAACGGCGAACCUCUCGUUCAACUUUAGGGCAGGGCGGCGUUGGAUUUGAUGCCUCUGUAAAUCCUGUCGAGGAGCAAGCCACUCGCUGUUUAGAUUUAGUGCUGAGGCUACGCGAGCUGCUGCAGAACUAA